AUGCAGACAUGGCGACGCACCUUUGCCACGUCUGUCGCGAGGCUAAACCAUAAUCCCCGGACAACCGCAUCCCGCCCCACGUUCCUCCGAUGCGCGCAGCUCCUCCGCGAAAGCAAACAUGGCGAGAAAAGCCAGCAUGAGGAUAAACAAAUUGAAGUGAGGGGGUUGAUCCGAUCGGUACGGAAACAGAAGAAAUUUGCUUUCGCAGAGGUCUCGGAUGGGUCGUCGUUGGAAGCAGUGCAGGCUAUUUUGAAACCGGAGCAGGCUGCGGAAUUGUCGACUGGUGCAGCUGUUCAGUUAUCUGGAUAUUGGACACCUUGCCCGCCGGGCAAGAGUCAGACUCAUGAGCUUCAGACGACGGGCGUGAGUUGUGUGGGCGCGGCGGAGCCGGAGACAUAUCCGAUCCAAAAGAAAUACCAUUCGCCCGAUUUCCUCCGUCAGAUCCCCCAUCUCCGUCUCCGAACGCCGUCCCACUCACUCCUCUCGCGAUUCCGGUCAGAAUGCAUACACCAGCUAGGGAAUGUCUUUCGAUCACACCCAGAUGGAGCGUUUACACAGGUGCAACCGCCAUUGAUCACAUCGUCCGAUUGCGAGGGAGCCGGCGAGACAUUUACAGUCCUACCGCGGGAAGCAAUAGAAUCAAAGGAGGAGAAACCCUUCUUCGGAGCGCCCAAGUACCUCACUGUAUCGUCGCAGCUUCAUCUCGAGGCAUAUGCGGCGGAGCUGGGGAAUGUGUGGGCUCUGUCGCCUACAUUUCGGGCUGAGAAGAGCGAUACGCCCCGUCAUCUGAGCGAGUUCUACAUGCUUGAGGCUGAGAUGAACUUCAUGUACAGUAUGGAUGAGUUGACGGAUUCGGUUGAGCAUAUUCUCCGUGAUUUGACUCGUCGACUGUACGAUUCGCCUAUUGGACAGGAGGUCCUUUCUACGGAAAAUGAAUGCUCCUUAGAACAGAGAUGGGAUGGUUUGAUGGAUGGUCCGAAGUGGCAGCGGAUGACGUACACAGGAGCGAUCCAGGCGCUGCAAGAAGCCACCAAAGAACGUGGCGCAUCGUUUGAAUACCCGCCAGUAUGGGAAGAGGGGCUCCAGCUGGAACACGAAAAGUACAUCGUGGACGUGCUCAGCGAGGGUCGUCCCGUCUUCGUAACCGAUUAUCCCAAAACGGUUAAGCCGUUUUACAUGCUCCCAUCUUCUCCUGACACAACCACUCCCGCAGAGACUGUCGCCUGCUUCGAUCUUCUACUACCAGAAGUCAGCGAAGUCGCCGGAGGCUCCCUCCGCGAACACCGACUCGAAAACCUCAUUUCCAACAUGCGCUCGAGCGGCCUAAUUAAACCGCGCCCCUAUUUGCCGGAAGACUCGCCGGAGGCAAUCAAAAAGUCGGCCAAGCAAAAGGAAAAAGAAAAGGAGCCGUUGUACCCGUACCUGUCACCGGAAGAGGAUCUCGGCCAACUACAGUGGUACGCCGACCUUCGCCGGUGGGGAACGGCGCCGCAUGCCGGGUUUGGAUUGGGAUUUGAUCGGUUUCUGGGGUACUUGACGGGGGUGUCGAGUGUGCGGGAUGUGGUGGCGUUUCCGCGGCACUUUAAGCGGGCGGACUGUUAG